AUGGCUAUCCUUGCUAAGAAGCUUUCUCCCAGAUACCUUGGGCCAUAUCAGAUUUCUAGACGCAUCGUACCAGUCGCAUAUGAGAUAGCUAUGCCGCCCCAGCUAGCUAAUCUCCAUCCAGUCUUUCAUGUUUCUCAGCUUCGGAAGUAUGUCCCUGACCCUUCUCACGUGUUGGAAGCUGACACUGUACUAGUCAAGGAAGAUCUCUCUAUAGAGAUGCAACCGGUCAAAGUAGAUGAGAGGCUAUCCAAACGACCAGAUGGGAAAGCUAAUAGACUGAUCAAAGUCAUAUGGGACAGUAGAACCGGCGAUUCUACCUGGGAGAAGGAGGAAGAGAUGAAGAAGUCAUAUCCUCACCUAUUUUCUGGUAAGUCCUAA